CCUUGACGCAACGACGAGUCUCCUCCAGGAACACCAUCAACCCGGCAUCCUUCAUAAAGCUGCCCUGCCAGGCAAUCGCUUUCAGCAAUGCCUUCAACAACACCCCCCACCGCCGUUGCGAAACCCCCACCAUCCCCAGCAGCCCCUGCGACGCCCGCCCCAACCUCUACCUCAACCUCCCCUCCACCCACAACAGCGAUCUACAAGCUCAACACCCCCCUCUCCCACGUCUAUACGCACGUCCACACGCCCCUCCUCCUAUCGACCGUCUUCUUCAGCCUGCCCCGCCUCGUCGCCGACCCUAUAACCUCCCUCACCUACGGCGCUGCGGGGCUCGCCCUCAUCCAGAGCGCAUACUGCGCCAUCUGUCUGCAACCCGCCCUCGGUGGCACAGCCACGAAGAAGAAGAAGAAGAAGCCGAAGGCCAAGACUGGGCCGCCGGGAAUACAGGCCAAGAAGGAGGAGGAGAACGAGUGGUUCGGUCCUGCGCUUGAUAUUGUCUACCGCCUCGCCUUCUCCCUCAUCCUUACAAUCCUCUCCGCCGCCCCCGUAUUCUUAGCCACCAUCCUUCUCGGCGCACCACUAACCACGCACCUCCCGCACACCACCCUCCUGACCCUUCACAUCGCCUUCCUGGCCCUCUUCCCGCUCUUCUAUGCCCGUCCCCUAUCAUCCAGACACUGGCUUGAGAUCCUAUCCCUCACCGCGCCGCUGGAUGAGGUCUUUGGCUCUGCGGCUGGAACGCUGAUUGGCUCGUGGAUCGGCGCGAUUCCAAUCCCACUGGAUUGGGAUAGGCCGUGGCAGGCGUGGCCGAUUACUGUUGCGGUAGGCGCGUAUGUGGGGUGGGGAGUUGGAAGGCAGGCUGGGGUUUUGGUUGCUGGGAGGUGGAGAGGGAAGUGGGACUGAAGAGGUGUGGGAAGCUAUGAGCAGUGUUGAGAGAAAUUCUGUGACCACAGAUGGCGCACACUGGCGGUUGGUCUCACAAGUCCCUGGAUACGCCAAUAAUCGCAUGAUAUGCCGUCCUUUAUAAUUUCAAAGGGGAAUGCGGAAGAGGUUCGGAUUCUGCCCAGAAAAAACACACAGCAAUGUCUACAGAGAGCGUUUUGACGAGUUGUAAUGUAAUAGAGGGAUAUGGGAAGCCCCAGAAUGUUGGGAGCUUAGAAUUUUGUAUAUAUGUAAUGCAUGAAUUGUAUUCACCCAAAU